UACAGGAAGAAAGAGACGAGGCUCGGUGCACACUCCCACAGCAGCGACAACAGAAAGGACCGAAUCACUGCUUGACCAGUUUAGCAGGUAUGGCAGAGUUGGCGAAUCUGGUGCAGCGGCUGGAGGUGGCGGUGGGUCGUCUGGAGGCGAUGUCGGGCCCCGGGGGCAGCGCUGGAGGUUCAGAUGGAGGAGCUGGAUCUGUGUUUGUGGAGGGCUUUGAUGAGAUCGUAAAGGGACCUCUGGCAGAGUACCUCUCCCUCAGCCAGCAGAUAGGGGGCGAUGUCCAGAAACAUGCAGAAAUGAUGAAGCAGGCGUUUGCCACUGAGAGACAGCUCCUCGUCAAAGCUGGCACCUCCCAGAAGCCCUCUGAUGCAGUUUUGACGACUCUCCUGCAGCCCGUGUCCAAAUCCAUCCAGCAGGUGCAGGCGUUUCGCGAGCAGAACCGCAGCUCGCCGUUGUUCAACCACCUCUCUGCCGUCAGCGAGAGCGUGCCUGCUCUUGGAUGGAUCGCCAUGGCUCCCAAACCGGGCCCGUACGUUAAAGAGAUGCAGGAUGCUGCCAUGUUCUACACCAACCGUGUGCUCAAGGACUACAAGGACAAAUCUUCAGAUCACACCAGGAGAGUUUGA